AGACAAAGCAAAACCCUCCUCCUGCUGGAUUUGCAGCUGUAGUGGAGUGAGGACUACGUCACUUGGCGUUCCCCACCAGCAGCGCCGAGUUUUUUUUCUUUUGGUUAAAGUCCACCCUUAAGCGGUGCUACGGAGUGUAAAACAGGGGGAGAAAGAAGACUUGAAUUGAGUUAGGUGGUGGUGGCGGCAAGCGUUUUCACAUCGUGGUUUUAUCUUGGCGUUAUUUUUUUAUUCUGACUCUGUGGAAGUGUGUCCCGGACUUUUCAAUUAAGAAGAAAACAAUUAGGUUGGGAAACAGAAUUACAGGAUGCUUUCAACAUUAUUUAAUUAUUUCUGGUGGGAGCGGCUAUGGUUGCCUGUACCACUGACCUGGGAAGACUUGAUGGAUGUUGAUGGGCGUGUGUAUGCCAAAGCUUCAGAUCUUUAUAUCACUAUUCCAAUUGCCUUUAUUUUUCUUGUUCUUCGAUAUUUCUUUGAAAUAUUUAUAGGCACUCCAUUAGCAAGACUUAUGAAUAUUAAAGAGAAAGUACGGUUAAAAGCAACACCCAACCCAGUCCUUGAAAAAUUUUAUACAUCAACAGCAAAACAUCCAAGACAGAUUGACAUUGAGGCUUUGUCUAAAAAAAGCAGUUGCAGUGUCCGACAAGUUGAGAGAUGGUUUCGUAGAAGACGCAACCAAGAUAGACCAAGCAUGCUCAAAAAGUUCCGAGAAGCCAGUUGGAGAUUCACCUUUUACCUUCUUGCUUUCAUUGCUGGCAUGGCUGUGAUAGUGGAUAAACCUUGGUUUUACAACUUAAGAGAAGCCUGGAAAGGAUUUCCAAAGCAGAGCAUGUUACCUUCCCAGUACUGGUAUUACAUGAUCGAACUGGGUUUUUAUUGGUCCCUUUUGUUCAGAGUUGCAGUUGAUGUAAAAAGAAAGGAUUUUAAAGAACAGGUGGUUCAUCAUGUAGCAACAAUAGUCCUUAUUAGCUUCUCAUGGUGUGCUAAUUACAUCCGUGCUGGUACUCUGAUUAUGGCUCUACAUGAUGCUUCAGACUAUUUUCUAGAGUCUGCAAAGAUGUUUAACUAUGCAGGUUGGAAGAAUGUAUGCAAUGGAAUCUUCAUCGUAUUUGCGUUGAUCUUUAUAAUUACGAGGUUAAUCAUCUUCCCAUUCUGGAUCUUGCAUUGUACUUUUGUGUAUCCGCUUGAAUUAUAUCCUGCAUUUUUUGGCUACUAUUUCUUCAAUGCAAUGUUAGUCGUAUUGCAGAUUCUUCACUUUUUCUGGGGCUGCCUUAUCCUUCGCUUGGCUCAUAAGUUUUUAACUGGAAAAGUGAUAGAAGAUGAGAGGAGUGAUAGGGAAGAAACAGACAUCUCAGAAGAUGAAGAUGAAGUAAAGAAAAAUGGGCCACUUUCUAAUGGUCACACGGUACUGAACAACAAUCACCGGAAAACAGACUGAUGGACAUAGUGUUACGGAGGGGACCCUGACUCCUGGAAGGUCCUAUGUAACGAGGGAAUUUUUGUUUACUCUGCAAUACAGUGAACAAGAUAGGAGACAAAACUGAAUAUAAACUCUAAAUUAAUUACAUACUUAAAAGAAAGUAACAGUUUCAGCUGGUAUUUGGACAUACAGAAAAUACUUUGUGGAUAUUUGGAACAGUGUUGUGGAAAGUGUUUGUUAGCCACUUACAUGCUAACAUAGAGUAAAGGACAGAUUUUUACUGUAAAGCCCUGAGCAUUUGCUUUUAGUAUUCUAUCUUUAAAAGCAGUAAUGUUGCAGUGGAUUUUCAGUAUGAAAAACAAAGGAGAUUCAUACUGCUCUCUGUUGCAUGCAGUUCCACAUUUCAAAAUUUUGAUUUUUUUCCAUCACUAAAUGCACUUUGAGCUGCCAAACCCAAACUGUAAACAGUCUGCAGCAGACAUCAUUGCUGUCCUCAGUGGAGGUCUGUCAGGCUGUUGAUGCCUUUAUUGUAGUGUGCCUUUAAAAUGUCAUGUUUUCUGAUCUUUCCUUUCCCUUUCUCCAUUAUCCAAUCAUCUUAAUGGAAGUACAGGAACAUUAAUAUUCAAGAAGUAUGAUUUCUUUAAAUUGACAAAAAAUAAUCUACUAGAGUGGUCAGGUAGUUUGUAUUGAGCCAUGCUGGUGGCAGUUCUUAGCAUUCUAGACUCCGCAUACUGUGUAGGUAUCAAUGUUUGUAGGAGACAUUGCAGCUCACUACAUUUGCUUAUGGAUGGUCAAGGACUUUGGCUUCAUGUUGUGUUUAUUAUUUGUAGUGCAAGUAGAGGACUGGAAGGAGCAUGGAGGUUUGGCAGAGAUAGAUGGAAAAAUACAAGGUACCUGUGAUAGUAACAAAUCUAACUAUAUGAAUCUCCUGGUUUCAGAUUGAAGUUUUACUAAAGUGACCAGUUAAAUUUGCAAAUAUAAGAAGUCAGAAUUAAGUUUCAAGUAUUAAACUACUGUAUAAAAUGUAACAUGAAAAGGUGGUGUGCAUGGAGUAUGAUUUUAUUCUGAUUGCUUAAGUAACCUUUUAAUAAUGGCUUGUUUACAGGACACCGUUUUCAGUAAUUUUCUAAAAGUGCAAGGAAAAGAACUGAAUCUGUAAACAUUUUCCUUUCAGCUAUUUUGAAAAUAGCUGCAAUUUAAGGGAUGUAUUAAGGUCUACAGGUUUCUUAGCUGCAGACAGAAUACAAAAACCUUCUCGAUUAAUUGUUACGUUAGACUAGUACUUUUUAUUCAUUUCAGAUAAUCACCUCUUCCUAAACAUUUCAUGUAUGAAAUUUCAAAGGACUGUGUGAUCCAGCUGGUAAGGUAAUAUAUAGUACCAUAACACAUUGUGUGUUACAAAAAUAGAAGCAAGAUUUUCUUGUGGAUGUACUUUAUUCCUAAACAUUUUAAUACAUAAUAUCAGUUAAGUGAUUUAGAAGGAAAAAGUCAUUCCAUUUUACUAACUUAUUACUUGAAUGAAGAAUGAAAAAUAUUCAGCUUUUGUAAAGCUGUUUAUUUUAACAGAAUUCACCAAUUCAGCAACCAGUAAAUUCAGGCAUCACAAAGUACUACUAGUCAAAUUAAAUAAAAAAAGGCAGCAGGACUGAUGCUGGAGUAAUUGCUUUUUAUUUUAGAUGAAAACAAUGUUUCAGGAAUUAAUCAAAAAAGAUGUACCUGAAACUGUUUUCCACUGCAAUAAAAGUGUUUGCUAUGGUAUCAGAAUUGUCACUCCCUGAGUUAAAUAUAUUUACUCUUCAGGCUGCAGUGCCCUACAGUAUAGAAACAAUUGUUUUUCUUGAAAAAUUAUAUAUUUUCAUCUCCAAGGUAGUAUGAACUUUAGUAUGUGAGGAUGAAGUGGGACAAAACAUUUCAAUAAUUGCAUUCACUUGAUUAUAUUUGUAUGUUAUUUUUCAAGAUUUGAUUUUAAAUUUAAUUUUGAUUGUGGUUUCGAUGAUAUUGAAUUGCUGUUUGAAGUAAUUGGUAAUUAUGGACAGACACACUUACAUUUUAUAUAGGUUUCUGUAUAUGUGAACUGUAAUAGGUAAUAACGGAAUGAUUUCUAGAAAUCCAUUUUCUUCAUGCUCUCACAGUAUUGUUAAUGUAUAAACUGCCCCGGGGAAACUGGUUUUAUCUAUUUUUUGUUUUCAGAACAGUUUCUUAAAUCAGUGUAAUAAAAGAAGCAGUACAGGAA